CAAGGGAAGCCUGCUCUCUGUUUGGCGCUGGCCCUGGAACUGGAACCGGAACCGGAACCAGAGGAGGAGGAAGCGACCUGGAGUUUGUGUCCCGUCAGCUGCCGGCGCCGCCCCGAGCUCUCCGUCUCUACCCGAGCGUCCGGGCUGCGAAGGCGGCAGGCGGCGGCUCCUCGGGGCCGGACCCGGCGCCAUGAAGCUCUACAGCCUCAGCGUCCUCCACAAAGGAGACUCCAAAGCCGUCCUGCUGAAGGCCGCCUACGACGUGUCUUCCUUCAGCUUCUUCCAGAGGUCCAGUAUUCAGGAAUUCAUGACCUUUACAAGUCAACUGAUUGUGGAACGCUCAGAGAAAGGCAGCAGAGCCUCUGUCAAAGAACAAGAGUACUUAUGUCAUGUGUAUGUGCGGCACGACAGUCUAUCAGGCGUGGUCAUUGCAGACAAUGAAUAUCCCUCUCGGGUGGCUUUCUCCUUGCUGGAAAAGGUACUGGAUGAAUUCUCUAGGCAGGUCAACAAGAUAGACUGGCCAGUAGGAUCUCCUGCUACAAUACAUUAUGCAGCCCUGGAUGGUUAUCUUAGUAGAUAUCAGAAUCCUCGUGAAGCUGACCCCAUGACGAAAGUGCAAGCUGAGUUAGAUGAGACCAAAAUCAUUCUGCACACAAACACCAUGGAGUCUUUGUUAGAACGAGGAGAAAAACUAGAUGACUUGGUAUCCAAAUCAGAAGUGCUAGGAACACAAUCCAAAGCCUUCUAUAAAACCGCCCGGAAACAAAACUCAUGCUGUGAGAUCAUGUGAUCCCCAACCAGUGAUGACCCUGCUCUGGAAACUGCCUGUCAUUCAUGUUGAGAACUGUAAAGCACCCAGGAAAGAAGAAAUCAACUCAAAUCGUAUCCUGAAAUGGGAAUGUUCCAUUUCAGAUCUCAGUCCCUGGGAUGAGCUGAGGGUGAGGUGGGAGGGGCUUCAGGGAGAUGUUUAUAUGCCUAAGUGUAAUUUUUCUCCAAAAGGAAAGAUAUGAGCCUCGAAAAGAACAUAUUUGGGGGCAGAAUGAGACAAAAAUUCUCAAUGACUCCUGUAGGUGCUGAAGGGCUCAUUUCUCUGAUAAACUUCCUGGGAGGGAUUUGAUGGGCCCCCUGACUUCUGCAGAGCCCCACAGGAAAGUCAGGACCAAAUCUCUUCUUGAUUCUGUUUUUUUGUUUUGUUUUUUAAUUUUAUUUUUCACGUUCAUUAUAAUAACACUAGAAGGAAGUCAGUCCAGUGUACAGGUGAAUACUAUAAAGACAAAUGGGAAUUUUGCCACCAUGCAGGGCUUGGGAGAGGACCUCCUUAGCAGCUGAUGAAAAUGAGCUGUGGUGACCCAGCUAUAGGUGGAUGGGGGGUCCCCUUUCCUUCCCUUCUUCAGAUCAGUCAUGAAGGUCCUUUUAUUUUUAAGUAGACCCUUUGGCAUCUUUGUCCUCAGGGAAAGUGGGAGCCCUCAAAAGAGAAAAAACUGAAGCCUUGAGACCUUGACAAGUCAGUGGAAGAAGUUUAUUGAGAGAAACAAGGAAUAUACCUCAGACAACCUAAAACGUUUUUGGACACUCACAAGCUUUGUUUUUUAACUUGUACAUGUGUUCCCAUUUCUUCCAGUGUUGCCUUGUGGUGGGGCCCACGACCUGACCUGACAAACUUGUCCAUAAAGUUUUCUAGAAUGUAUUCGAUGUGGGGAGGCCUGUGAGAGGAGCUCAGAUAUACUUAAUGGUGUAAGAAAGCAGUGGUGAUCCUAGUAGCAUAUCUAGAAAUGAUGCAAAGGAAAGAAAUUAGGGCACUUUAUUAAAGCUGUUUAAUUUGAGGAUAAUCAGCUGAGAGCAUCCUUUGGAGGUAGGGGAUCCAACCAGCAUUGCAUCUUGAGCAGCCCAUCACAGCCUGGCAGUGACUUGACAUAUCAUCCUGACUAUUACAAUUCUGGUCCAAAAUAGUGUGUCCUUUAGCCACUCUUAAAAAUGUUUUUUUUUUCUUUUGCACUGAAAGUUGACCUUAGUUCUCUUGUCCUUUUGGUCAUGUGACUGCCUUAGGGACUUAGCCAUUUUGGUGAGUCUUAAUGCAUAGGAGAAUGUCUUUGAGACUCCCGUGCUGCCCUCUGCUGAUUUAUACCGGGAAAAGUGUGCCAACUAGGCCUUGGAAUAUCUGUGUCAUACCCUCUGCCCUGGGGUUGGCAGACACAUUUCAGAGUCUCCCAACCUGGCAGAGGCAGAGUGCCUAAUCCUCUGUAAAUGCUAAGGAUGUUAUCUGGCCGCCUUUGUGCUUAAAAGCACCUUUUUGUAGGAACAGGCCAAGCUUUGUGGCCCCUUCAGUGCCUCGCCACCAAAAUGUAAUACUGACUCACUCAGCUGCCAUUCACAGGAUUUUGGCACUCAGUUUCUAUUGAUCUACUGAACUACACUUGCUUCUGGUUUUUGCUCCUUGAAGGCGUAGACUUAACCUCAUUUUCCCUUUAAGGUACUGAAAGCAAAGGUAGUCAAGCAACCAGGCCAGAGUGCUUAGGUGAUCAGAUUAGGGUGUAGGCAGGCUUGGCCCAUGGACAGAUGUUUGCCGCCACGUCAGAAUAGGGUGUGUAAGAGCUGCUUUUUUUGUUAUCGUACAGUAUUUUCUGUAGGCAGAGCAAUUCAUGUGCCAGAACUGGGCCACAAAAGGAGAGUAAAUUUAGUAAUGAUAUCUAGCUACCAUAGAAUCCCUGAGUCAGCAUAAUCAUCCAUCACCUGAUGACCAUCUUUUUAUUUGCAUUUAAGUUGGGGAUUCUUCCCAAGAAAUUGCUUCUCUUGGCUCAGCUUGAUGAAAGGAGAGGCUGUAGAGGUCUUAGAAGAUAUUUGGGCCCACGUAGUGCACUGAGUCAAGUGUUCACUGGCCCUGUGAACUUUCUUCAAGACUAGUGUCAUCUUAAAUCUCAACUAGCAUAAAAUUCACUGGAAAAUUUAGGAUAUUGAGGGGAACAAAUUCAACUAUAAGUGUUUUUUUUUAGUAGAUGCCAUUUCUUUGCAGUUGGCUCCUAUUUUUCUGGGAAUUAUGCUUGCUGAUAGGUAACUACCUAAAACAAAAUUGGCCCAGAAACAUUUUUCUUCUCUCUGCCACAAGGUGUGACCACACCUGUGCUGAUGAAUGAGGCCACCCACAACCUCAAGCUCAUCAGACUUUUCAAGGAGGGCCCUUGGUGGCUGCCCAUCCCAUCCCUGCUUACUCCAUAGACUUGUGGCAAACGAAGAAAGAAUGGACUUUGUACUCAUUUUCAUUAUUUGGCUAAUUAAAAAAAAUUUUUUUCAGCUCUAACUCAAAUUAUCCUGAAAUGUGAGGGAUGAAUGUCAUCUCUGGUUUUGUCUUUGUCCCCUUUGGUUAUGGUUACAGGAGUUGAAAACUUCCCUGGAAGGUGACAUUAAAAGAUCUUUAAGAAGUUCAAUCUACUUGUGCUGUGAUACAAAUAGAGAGAACUCAUUGACUUUGGGAGCUAAGAGAAAGCAAAAUCUUUCACCCAUAACAACCUCAGCAUCUCCAGUAAGCAUGACUUUGGCAAGCGUCUUUCCAAGGAGAGGCAUGGCCCUGGCAAGAAUGCCUUUUGGAGGGGAGGGUGGGAGGAGACUCUUCAGCAGUGGUAUUGUGUUACUUGGUCCUUUCUGUGCAUUGUAGCUUCUGUUUCUUUAAUGUUUUUGCUGAGCAUUCAUUAUGUGGCAAAAAGUGUAUUUUAAUAAUCACUAUCUAACUCUUCUGUAUGUUCUGUUUGAGAGAUUCCUGUCUGGAUAAAAGUUGUCUUUUGAAAUUUGAAAA